AGUACGGCUGCAAUUUCCUAAUUUACGUGUUUAGGACCUUCCUCAGGUAAAUUACCUGCUAAUCUUGUCCAAUUGUCGUCUGCGUAAAACACAGGCUUGAGGAAUGUGAAGGAAUUUCAGGGACGACAUAUUGACAGCGAAUCUACAUUAGAAGUGGUGUUGAGAAAAAAUACUGCUUCAUGAGAAGCAGAGAGCAAUUUUUAAUGCAAUUGUAAGAUUUGAAGAUGGCCAAUACUAUGACCGAAGAACAGUAUGAUUUCAUUUGGAAGAUUGUACUGGUGGGAGACUCCGGAGUGGGUAAAACAAACCUGCUGUCUAGAUUUACCCGGAACGAGUUCAACGCCGAGAGUAAAAGUACGAUAGGAGUAGAAUUCGCUACUAGGAAUUUAACUAUCAAGGGAAAGACAGUAAGGGCUCAGAUCUGGGAUACGGCAGGACAGGAACGUUACAGAGCCAUCACCAGUGUAUAUUACCGUGGAGCUGUAGGGGCACUAGUGGUAUAUGACAUCACUAAGCCGGAGACUUUUGAGAAUCUCCAGAAAUGGCUGGACGAGUUAAAAGAGCACGCUGACCCCUACGUCUGUAUCAUGAUUGUCGGGAACAAAACUGACCUGAGGUCAGUCCGAGCCAUCCAACAGGAGCAGGGUCGACUAAAAGCUGAGGAACACAAAUAUUCUUUUAUCGAGACCUCGGCUCUGGAUGCCACGAAUGUUGGUGAGGCUUUCAACAACUUGUUAGUGGAUAUUUUCAAAGUUCAAGUUGAAGAUCAGAAUUUGGAUACAAAAACAGCUGACAACACAUCACGCAUCGUUCCGAAUUCUUCAGAGGAUCCGAAUCAGUCAGAAGGUGGUAUGCAGCAAUGUGGCUGUUGAUCUGUGUUUUUGUUAUGUUUGUUUGUCUAGCUUAUUUUAUACUUGGUGCAAAGACUUUGAGUGACAGAGAUUGAGUCUUAGAGUGAAGAGUUUUAUGUGACUUGUAUUGUUUGAAUCUUCGAUUAUUAAGAAUUUAUGAGACAGGAAAAUAGAUCUUGGUACAAGUGGUAAUAUAUAAAGAGAAAGUGACUGGAAUAUUCCACAUUCAUCUUAUCAUGUAAUUUUGAUAAAUAUUGUAAAUUCAUACUGUACCGAAAAAAAUUGAAUGACCUUUUUUUUUCAAAAUCUUUCAUUCAAGUUAAUGUGAGGUAUUGUCUUGCAAUAUACUUAAGCCAGUCCCAAAAUCAUGAUACAUGUAGCAUAUUCACUGCUAAAAUGAAUACAUGAUUUUUUUAUUUUUGUUUAUUUAAUUCCUCAGAGGUUAAUUCCCAAAAAUUAUAAGUAGAUCCUUUUUAUUCUAGUGGUUGAUAAUUCAAGAAUCUGGCAAGAUACAGGAUACUUGCUUUUUGUUGUAUAUAUAAUAUGAAACAUGAAUUCUGAAGAGCUUUUCUGUGGCUUUGUGAAUACUUGGUCAGAAGCUGCAACUAAUGACUUUGGGCAUUUAUGUUUGAUAAAUCCCGAGAACAAAUUUUCCCCUGAAUAUUUUUUCUGGAAAAAAGUAUCAUUAUGUAUAAUAUCCACUGGUUCUUGUACCAUGACAUUUACUUGACAAAACUUGAACUUGAUUUUAAGGAACCUUAUUGCGAAAGUUAAUGAGAAGCUUGAUCGAGUCGGAUCUGAGGCAUGUUGAUGUUUGAAUGCUGUGUGUUAUAAAAUGUUACGUUGUUGUAAGGGAAUGACUAUGUGUAUUUAUUUAUGUAUAUAUAAUAUAUUUGCUAGAGAGUGUUUCUGACUGUGUUUUACAUUGCAGUAAAACGCUUUGACAACUCAGAUUUCUCCCUGUUAGGCUAUAUAACUAUGUUGAUCUGUUUUUUGUUUUAAAGUUCUUAUUAAAAUCUCCAUUUUAAUCUCUUUAAUCCCCCACUAAUAUGUACGAACUAGUAAUCCAAUUCACUUUUUUUUUCUAUUUCUUCCUAGAUAUUAUGUUUCCGUUAUAUUUUUGCCAAUUUAAAGCAAAAAAAAUCUGUAACCUUAAAAGCUUGGGCCUGUUUGUUUAUGCAGAACAACCGUUAUAUCCGUUUCGAAAUGUAACAUUUUUGGGUAUAAAUCCUGGCAGACCUGCAAAAGUUUAUGCAGGCCAUGCAAGGCUUGGUCAAGGCUCCCCUGAAAGUAGCAUCAAAUAACUAGGUCCGACCUUAUUUCAUAAAUGAACAACUCUGGUCCAACCCGUUCAACCUUUUGGACAGCGUUAAACGAAAACGGCCCUGAACAACCCCCUUUUUUAAGAGGAAUUUGCCAAUUUUGCAGAGGCACUUUAAACUUCGUUUUAGUUUUAUCAACUACAUUUGUUUACGAAAAUAUAAUAUUACAAUAUUAAGGUUGUAUGCUACCUUAUUAUCAGCCUUGACAAUUUUUGCCCUCUGGAAAUUUUAAACAGUGAAAAUAAAUUUGGCAAAUUUUAACCUGUUCCGCUGAACGAGUUAUUAAGGAUACAAGGGAGAUUACUCUUCAUAACAAUUAUUUUUUUCUUACAAAUCUUUUAGUAGAAUAAUGUGUUUCUUUAUCGAUUAACAAGUGUUAUGUUUUUUUUGCAUCUGUUUUUGUUUACAUUUAACAUAUUGUAUUCAUUUUGUUAGUAUGUCAAGGUCACUUAUUUAAGGCAUUGAUUUGAACAUUUUAGAAAAUGAGUGUGUUAUAAUUUAACAAUGAUAAACAGUAACUUGUUUGUUAAUGAAUAUGCAUGAAAAUUUACAUUGCCAAACAUGAACAAUAUUUCCUUUCAUUUUCUAUUCCUUAUCGGACUUAACGGCAUUCCAAAUGUCAACCAUGAGUUCUUACUAAACUUAUCCCAUUAAUUUCGUGUUUUAAGAUUUUUUAAGUUCAACCCUUUCACCACUGUAGACCAUAAUCGACUCAUCCAUGUCAAUGCAUGGGAGAGUUUACUAAAGUUACAUAGGGGUGAAGGGUUAAUGUCUCUCUAAUGUUGACAGCAACUGCUUUAAUUUUAUACAAUAACCUCUUAAAGACACUGAAUACUCAAUCAGAUAGUAUGCCUGUAUCAGAUGCUGGAAAGCAUGUAGUUCAAUAGCAGGAAAAUUAAAAAAAUACGUAUGACCAUUUAUUUAUCAAUACUGUACUUAAAUAACACAAAAAAGGAAAAAAAGAAGAAGAAAAAAAUGAAAAAAAUGAUUUCCGACAGAUUUUUAUCAUUGAAGUAAGGAAUUAAUGCAUUACUAAACUGACAUUGGAAAAUUUUUUGUUGAUUUUUUAAAUCAUGGAAAUUAUGAUUUAUAUGCACAUUUUGUAGUUUUAAAAGUAUUAUUCCGAUAAAGAAAUAUCAAGUUAUAAUUGGGGAAUUUGAAUGUAAAAUUUAUAUUUAAAUUCUUCAAUGAUAACUAGAAAUUUUGUUACUUCUAGUACUAAAGUUAAAAAAAAAAUGAAUAUGAAUCUCAGCAUGUAACAAAUAAUAAGGAAAUCUGAGGAAGGCUUGGAAAAUUCUUAUAAUGAUACCGUACAUGUACUUAAUCUAAACUUCAUGGACAAAGCAUCCUCGAUACUCAGGGGUUUCACUCACUAUCGCUCUCUACACCCUUGGAAUAUGUCAUAGCAAAUCUGAAGGCCCAAAGAUAACUGUUUGAUUGUUCUCCGGGGGGGGGCGGGGGGGGGGAACCUGACCAAUCACUAGGCUGAUACCUGUCCUUUGAAGAUUACAGAGGAGCAACGCCCGACUUCAAAGCCAGUCAAUUUUUACCAUUGCAUGACCGCAGGAUUCUUUUGAUGUGGUGCACACUGAGCCUUCAAUUUUGCUAUGACAUAUUCCAGGGGUACAGACAGCGAAAGUGAGCUUGACCCCUGGAGUAUCGAGGAUGGGGACAAAGAAGAGUUGACACAAAUUGUUUGAGACAUAAACUCAACUUUAGUAUCACUAGGCUGAUACCUGUCCUUUGAAGAUUACAGAGGAGCAACGCCCGACUUCAAAGCCAGUCAAUUUUUACCAUUGCAUGACCGCAGGAUUCUUUUGAUGUGGUGCACACUGAGCCUUCAAUUUUGCUAUGACAUAUUCCAGGGGUACAGACAGCGAAAGUGAGCUUGACCCCUGGAGUAUCGAGGAUGGGGACAAAGAAGAGUUGACACAAAUUGUUUGAGACAUAAACUCAACUUUAGUACUAUUUCCUCAGCCAUGACACUUCUUAUUUUGUUCAUAUUUUUAAAACUUAAAUCUUCAUAACACUGAUACUUUAAUGUGCUAAACUUUACUAUCACCAUUGUCAUUAUUUUAAAAUAUUUGUUCAUUUACUUUUCAAAAGAAAUAUUCCAUAGAAUCCCAUUGCCAUGCAUUUUGCAGAAUUCUCAGUUGUUUGUGAUGUCUACAGUGGGACAGCAAUCCUAAUUGUUCUUUUUGCAAAUUUAAAUCCGCUGAAUGAGUAGUAUUUUGGUAAUAUUUCAAAAACAUAAAAAUAUACUACAUAAUGUGCUAUAGUCAUCCUCAAGUUAUGCACGGUAUUUUUGAGAAUUUUUAACUGAAUCGUAUCUGUCUAUAGAUAUAUUUCCCCGAAGUUGUCUUGUACUUACCAUUGUGUGUAUCCUGGAGGCUGUUGUUCAAAGGCAGAUUAUCAAAACAUUAAUCCAGUAUAUUUUCGAAAAUAUUAAAAUUCAAAACUUAAGUUACAGAAAUUUCUGGCGAAAAAAACAAAAACAAAUAUAUAUAUAUUUUUUAUUUUUUUUGAGUUUGUGAUUAAGAUUUGGUAUUUUUAAACUUUUGUUUUGUACCUUGACCUAUAGUUGUCAAGAAGAUAUAAUAUUCUGAUGCAAUAUUGUGAUAAAUGAAAUAAAAAUACAUAUCUAUAUUCUAUAUGAUCUCUGUUAUUUACCGAUUGUAAAAUUGAUGUGAUUUAUUUCUUAAAAAGGAUUUUGUCAGAAUUACACAUUGGUAAGAAAAAAACACCUUAUAUUUACUAUGUUACGAAAAUAGAGAAAUUUGGAAUUCUACAAUACAUUGUUGAAUUUGCAAGUCAAUCUUGAACACACACAGGGUUUGAUACUUUAACUCAUUCAUCCCUGAAAUUUCAUAAUGAACUAUUCCAACCUUUGAAUUGGAAGAGGUCAAAUGUGAUUUCAGGGGUGAAUAUAUAUAUUGUAGUUAUAUAGUAAAGUAUUGCUACUAUCCAUUAUGCAGCAACUUAAGAAAAGUCAACUUAUGUUUACUAACAACAGGGGGGUGGGGACCCAACAUCUCUGCAAGGAAGUCAGUUCCAUAGUGGCGGUAGGGAUCCUAGGGUGGAUAUACCCUAAUCUUAACAGUGCUCAUCAGGGAAAGAGCAACUACACAACUGAAAUAUAGUACAAAGUGUAAAACAUUUGUAAUUAACUCAUUCACCCCCUGAAAUUUCAUAAUGAACUAUUCCAACCUUUAAAUUGGAAGAGUCCAAAUGUGUCUUCAGGGGUGAAUGAGUUUUAAACAAGUCAAUCUUGAACACAGGGAUCUGGUAGAUCAAUUUUACUGUCAUAGUUAUGUACAAAUAUGUAUCUACUACAAAGUAAUUUCUGAUAUAAAUAUUUCAGGUUGUCUGGUCCCUGUGUAGUUAGACUUGUAUGUGUGUUAAGGAUAUAAGCUAUAGUACGUGAUUUACACCUCCUUCCCAAAAGAUUUCAUCACACAUAUAACCUGGUAGCUAAAGGGACCAGUAAAAAAAAAAAUGUUUCCCAUUUUUUUGAGAGAGAAAAAAUCAUGAAUAUAUGCAUUCAUAAUACUCCAGUAAUUUUCAUGAUCUUCGGUACACAAUAAGGUUUGGAAGGAACAUGACUCUGACACAGUUCUUGUCAUCAUCAUUUCUGCAUCUGGAAUUCUGUUAAUUUGUUUACUGUGAAAUCAAUAGUUUUUGUGGAGUUUUAAUUUUGUUCAUUUUGUGGGUACUAGAUUCAUCCAUGAACUUAUAGGUCCACAAACUGAUUACAGGUUUGAUAUUCAGCUAUUUGUAGGAAUGGUGUAUUUUGGGGGGAACCACAAAAAUUUGACCCCACAAUAAUAUUUGAUUUCACAGUACAUGUAUCAUUUUUAAUAAAUUUGAAAAGUAUUAAAAUAUUUCCAUUUAAAUGUAAUCAUGCUUUGAAGUUGAAAUCUGACAUUGCUUUAUUCUAUCUGUAAGUUGUAAUACUAAUAGUUGAUGCCUUUCAAUUAGACCAUGUCUGUAUAUCGACUCUCUGUAGAUAAUGUCUAACUGUUAAGUUGUUAUAGAAUGUGCCUUGAUGUGAUGAAGAAGUUUAUAUCUAUAACAGUGCUAUCAUGAAAAUCAAAGGGCUCUUCUCUCUUUACUCAUAACUCCUCAACACCCCUCGAAAUUUCAUGACAAAAUCAAAGGGUCUUUAUUCAGUGCUAUCAUGAAAAUCAAAGGGCUCUUCUCUCCUUACUCAUCACUCCUCAACACCCCUGGAGAUUCUGUGACAAAAUCAAAGGCUCUGUAUUCAGCAUAUUAUUACUUAAAAUGAUACAAGUGGACUUAUCAAAUGUCUUUGAUGAAGAUGUAAGGAACACACAUUCUUAUUUCAUGGUUUUUAUUUGGAGCAAAAAAUGUUUGUCUAAAAUCGCGAAAAUUGGAAUUCCAUGAAAGUCUUCGCUAAAUAUUUGUCCAUGACUCAUGUAAUAUGAAUUCACCCAAAGUAACAGUAACAUUGACAGGCUUUAACCCUUUCACCACUGUAGACCAUAAAGGACUCAUCUGGAUCAAUGCAUGGUAGAGUCUACUAAAGUUACAUAGGGGUGAAAGGGUUAAAGUAAGUAGUAGCUCUAUUUUGAUUUUUCAUAGGACAGGUGCAUUUCCAGCUACAUGAUUGGUCAGGUCUUGUUUGCCUGAAACCAAUCAAAUGCAGUCAAACUAGCUCAUGUGACCACCUCAGUAAGGAGACCACCCAUGUUGUCGGACCAAUUUUAAUUUUCUACAACGUAGUGAUUUCUCUGUGAAUAAAACCUGUAUUCAGGGACCACCUGUGGUAAGAGAUCGCUCUUCCCAUGGGUGGUCGCCUAACUCAUUCACCCCUGAAAUUUCAUAAUGAACUAUUUCAACCUAUGAAUUGGAAGAGUUCAAAUGUGUAUCCAGGGGUAAGUGAGUUAAUACCAAAAGUCUCUUACUUUGUCAUGACAUAUUCCAGGGGUGUCCAGAAGAUAUGUGUUUCGUGAAAGUUGGAACCGUUGGAUUUGAACGAUGUACGUAUCCGUACCGGAGUUAGAAACACUUGUACAUAAAUAUGUAUCAUACUUAUACGUGUGUCCUCAUCUAAUCAUGUAAGACAAUUAUCUCUUAGAUUAUCUACAUUUCCAACACAUUUAAUUUUUGCAAAAUUACAUCAUCUGUUCGUGAAGACUUAAAUUUCUAUGAAUAUUUUAUGUGAAAAACAUAUUUCACAUUUAAGUGAAUUUAGGAACAAUGGAUGUGUGAUGAGAAAACAAAUGAUGGGCGGAAUGUAGGUAGUCUAUACUACACUGUAUCUGUAAUGUAUUUACUUGUUAUCCUCGAAACAUUGAGCUUUAAUAAAUAUAUAUACAUGUGAUUUAUAACUCGUAUUAUAGGAAAUAUUUUUGAAGUACUUUCUUUCUCAGUUUUAUGCUUAUUGAUUAUUUUGUUGAAACACACUUUUGCGAUAUGCAAGUACGACUGCCCUUAAGCAAUUAUAAAUCACUACACUUUUGAGAGAGAGAGAAAAGAAGUAAAUACACAUCCAUUAUUUCAUGUUAAAAAAGAAAUUUGACAAUCUGAUUUUUAGAUAACAGCUAAUAGAAACUAUAUUAAUCUGGUAGUUUAAACAAUUAACUUAUUUCAUAAUUGCAGUAUAAUUAAGUUUCAUUUUCAAUGAAAUUAUUCAAAAUGCAAUUACAUUAAGCAAUUACAAAUCUAGCAAAGUUGAUAUCAAUAAGUGUCAGGUUUAUGCAUUAGUAGCUUUAGAUUCUUUUUAUAUAAAGGGUGAGUGGUGUAAAGGACCUUUGUGUAGCCUUGAAGUGUUAUCAGUAGUAGAUAUAUCCUUAACAAUAAACAGAAUCAUGGUGUAAAGCGGAACAUUUCUCAUUUCAAUUUUCAUGCAUCAUAUAUUACAAUGCCAUGAAAUUACAAAUUUUGGUUCAACUCAUUCACCCCUGAAAUUUCAUAAUGAACUAUUCCAACCUUUGAAUUGGAAGAGUUCAAAUGUGUCUUCAGGGGUGAAUGGGUUAAGGGACUAGGUAUGGUUAAGGCCUUCUUAUGUUAAUCACAAAUCCAAAUAUACAUCAUCUUUUUAAAUUUUAUGAACUAUAAAUGAUUUUAAAAUCCAAUAAUAGAUUUUUGAUUUUAAUAGAGUUUGGGCAAAAAAGGACUGCACCAUACAGAGUCCUUUUUAAACACUUUAAUAGUAACAUUGGUAUAUUUACUCCAUCAAAAUGGCUCUUAUAUAUUGUCAUUUACUGUAAGGCAUAGUGAUAUAAAUAUUGACUCAUUCACUCCUGAAAUUUCACAAUGAACUAUUCCAACCUUUGAAUUGGAAUAGUUCAAAUGUGUCUUCAGGGGUGAAUGGGUUAAUAUAAUACAACUUUUUCAAUAAUAGGAAGUCAGUGAGCUAACGAUUUAAUGAUCUGAUACAGAACAGCAUCAUGCAUUGAUUGGUACUUUUUUCAAAUAUAAAAUUAACAUGACCACUUGCUUUAUUUUUGAUUUUUUUCUGUAAAGUGAGUUAAGCAUUAAGCCAAUGUACAUACAUGCACAUUUUUACUUUAUUUGUAUCUAUCCCGGCUUCAUUUAAACUCUUUGGCAUACAUAUCAUAUGAAGACAAUUUUAAGGGAUUUUUUUCUUUGAAAUAACACAAAAGUAUGGUUUUCAACUAUUGUCAUCUUAUUUUGAUGUGUUGAUUUGAGUAUUUGUGAAUGUUUGUGUAUUAAACUUGCUAUCAAUCCAGUUUAUAUAUCAUAUGUAUGCAUACGUGUCUUUCAUAUCUGUGUAUGUAACACACUUAUUUAUAUCUGUGUAUGUAACACACUUAUUUAUAUCUGUGUAUGUAACACACUUAUUUAUAUCUGUGUAUGUAACACACUUAUUUAUAUCUGUGAAUGUAAAACACUUAUUUAUAUCUGUGAAUGUAACACACUUAUUUAUAUUCUGUGUAUGUAACACACUUAUUUAUAUUCUGUGUAUGUAACACACUUAUUUAUAUCUGUGUAUGUAACACACUUAUUUAUAUUCUGUGUAUGUAACACACUUAUUUAUAUCUGUGUAUGUAACACACUUAUUUAUAUCUGUGUAUGUAACACACUUAUUUAUAUUCUGUGUAUGUAACACACUUAUUUAUAUGCUGUGUUUGAUGACUUCUGUCUGUUUCUAUAAAAAUCUUCUUUUUUUCUGUCCCAAGUUUUAACGGAUUUGCUUAAAUUGUCAAUUUUGCGGAAUCCAUUUUCCGUGGAUUUCAUGUCUAGUGUGGAUGACACAUAGUGCUACAUUUAGGAUUGAUUAAAAUCUUUCUUAUUUCAUUUUAUUUAUUGGGAGCAAAAUAAUUCCUCUAAAAUCACGAAAAUUUGAAUUCCCAGAAAAUAUCCUUUUGCUGUAUACUGUCAACAGUUACAUUUUUGUCAUGCUUAAGAUUUGUCCUUGGGUAAUGCAAUAUGAAUUCACCCAAAGUUGAACUUGAAAUUGCAUUAGAAAUCUUGCUUAAUCUUAAUUAGUGUAUUUUCAAAUGUGUGAAUUUUCUUGUUUUGGGUUUCGAAAACUUUUGUCGAUAAAUACAUUCAUGCAUAUUUCCAUGCUAACUUGGCAAAUCCGGGAUAAAUGAAAAUUUCAGUCAUGUGAAAAUUACCACAUUAUGGCUGAAUAUAAAACUGUUUCCAGCGUAUAUCAUUUCUGUAUAAUUUAUUGAAAACUGUAAAGAUCUGAGCAAUAAUUAUUUUGUAAAAGGUUCUUAUAUAAAUAAAGGGUUGAUCCUUAUUCACUGAAAUAAAAGUUCUAAGAAUUAUAAGUUUACAAUAAGCACUGUCAACAUAUGAAAUUAAAGACAUUUUUUGUACA